AUGGCGAGCGAUUUGGAGUUCAAAGAUGAUGGCAACGAGACGAUGGAAGAAGAAUUGAUGAACGGAUUUUCUGUCCACUUUGAUAUCUAUCCUGUCAUUGUUGCAGUAUUGAUAGUCAUCGCCAAUGCCACCGCUCUGAUCCUGAUUCUUCGUAGAAAGAAACUCCAAACUGUGAGCAAUGGUAUAUCAGCAAGCUUAGCAGUGAGUGAUUUUUUGGCUGGUGUGGUAGGGAUACCUUUGUACCUGGCCUGUAAUGUCACUCACACUCCAUCGUGGUGCCUCUCUAGCGCUGCCUUCUGGAGGUUUGUAUCCGUCUCUACAGUUCUGCAUUUGACUGUUUUGACGUUGCAUCUGUUUGCCACAGUGGUUCACGCUUUAAGAUAUGAUUCCCUCUCAAGGCAAAGAGUUUCUGUCUGUCUGGUAUGCGCCUGUUGGGUCUGUGCUGCCUUUGUGUCUCUUAUUCAGCUGUCUUGGAUCAUCUAUCCGGACGACAAUUAUUAUGAGCACAAGCUUCGAGUUCACCGAAUUUACUCCAUCGUUGUGAUGAUCCUCUUCCUCGCUGUACCGUUGGUUACGAUGGUUUAUUGCUACACACGUAUUUUUGCUCUUGUUCGCUUGUACAGAGUGGAAAAACAGGCACAGCUACGGAAGGUCCGCUCUCUUGACGACAACCAAAACCAAACGUUCUCUAAUGUUGCAUUGAAGUGGAAAGUCGCUGUGGUGUUUGCAAGCAUGUUAGCCGUGUUCCUCAUUUGUUGGGCGCCAUACUUCAUCCUGGAACUUAUGGAGGACGGUGAAACUCUGGAGUCAUUACCUUUUUGGGCAGUGUAUUUCAUGUUUUACUACACAAGAUUCACUGCCUCCGCGAUCAACCCAGUCAUUUUGGUUCUGGGAAAGCGCGAUUUCCGAUCUGCCCUCUACGAAUGUUUAAGGUGUUGUCUUACCUCAAAGAAAAACAAACGGGCA